GUCGCCCGGAGAGAGAGUGGGGUCCGAGCCUGCAGUGACGCCACAGGAGAGCGGACUCGGGCAUUGCCGAUCCCCAGGGCCGGGCCGGGCUGGGCCGUGUGUCCGGGACUCGCUGACCGUCGGGCCCUCAGCACCAAUGGCGGCCCCGGCUCUGAGCCGCUGCUUCUCGGCUUUGGCCGCAAACCCCGCGCUCCGGCUCCGGGCCCUGACCGCUUGCUCGGCCUGCGGUGUGGGCCAGCGCCAGCAGCAUGCCCGGCUCCUGUCGUCCAGGAAUCGACCUGAAGGCAAAGUUUUGGAGCCAGUUGGAGUAUUUGAGGCUCUCAAGCAACAGGGAAAAUAUGAAACUGGGCAGCUAUUUCUGCACAGUGUGUUUGGUUACCGAGGGAUAGUCCUGUUCCCCUGGCAUGCCAGGCUAUAUGACCGAGAUGUCGCAUCUUGCAGCUCUGACAGUAAAACAGAAAACUCAGGAACUCAAGGUUCCAAAGAGGUCAAGGGCAAAACGCACACCUACUACCAAGUGUUGAUCGAUACCAGGGACUGUCCUCAUAUAUCUCAAAGGUCACAGACGGAAGCAGUAACCUUUCUCGCUAACCAUGAUGACAGCAGAGCGCUUUAUGCUAUUCCAGGUUUAGACUAUGUGAGCCAUGAAGACAUCCUGCCUUACAGCUCCUCAGAUAGAAGCCCCAUCCAGCAUGAGUUAUUUGAAAGAUUUCUCUCCUAUGACACUUCAAAAGCAGCCUUGCCAUUUGUAGCCAGAGAUACGCUGCGUGCUUGGCAGGAGAAGAACCAUCCCUGGCUGGAGCUCUCUGAUGUACAUCGAGAAACAACAGAGAACAUCCGGGUUACUGUUAUACCCUUCUACAUGGGCAUGCGGGAAGCACAGAAUUCCCAUGUGUAUUGGUGGAGGUACUGUAUCCGGUUGGAGAAUCUUGGGACAGAAGUUGUUCAGCUUCGGGAAAGGCACUGGAGAAUCUUUAGCCUGUCUGGAACCUUGGAGACUGUACGAGGGAGAGGAGUAGUGGGCAGAGAACCAGUUUUGUCAAAGGAGCAGCCUGCAUUUCAGUACAGCAGCCACGUCUCACUGCAGGCUCCCAGCGGUCACAUGUGGGGUACGUUCCGCUUCGAGAAGCCAGAAGGUUCUCAGCUCGAUGUCCGCAUCCCGCCGUUCUCCCUGGAGAGCAAUAAAGAUGACAAGGCCCCUCCUGCUGGCUACAGCUGGUAAAGUUCCAUCUGCCGGGACCCUGGACUGGCUGUCAGUGGGAAGAUUCUGCCUGCAACUUUACUGUAGAGGGGAUAAAAUGAAGGAGAAAGUCUUCCAUUGCCGGUCCUUUACCGAUCUCCCUGGCUUGCUGUAUAAACUCCAAUCACAUUUUGUCUGUUUUUGCUGAAGAAAUUAUUUUGGAAGUGCAACGCUGGGAUUGUAUAAUGUCUGUAUCAUUGAAGAAGAAAAUGGAAGGAUUUUGGGUGGGAGCUGGUGCGGUGUGGUGCUUGUGGUCAGACUGUGGGAGUGGGGUGGGAUUUCUGGUCAGCAGUGCUCAAAUUAGCAAACUUAAAGGGGAAAAAAGUAACAUUUGUCACAGAGGUGACACAACUUACAGAAUAGCUCCCACGUGUAUUAAGGAAAUUGUUUGAACAUAUUGCUGAGGAACUCACUUCUGUCAGUAAAAUCCAUUUACAUAGCAGCUUGGACAAGCUUCACAUCAACUGUCUAGGGCUGUCUGGACUUCAACUGACUAGUCAAAGUUACUGUCCUCCCUCCUUGAGAGGGCCUGAGUGUCAGCAAUGUCUGCCGCUAUGUUACAAUAAUGGGAAGAUUAAAUGAAAUGAAAGGGUUAAGGUUUUAUUUCUGUUUUAGUAGUGCUAGGCUGUACACUAGGAUGAAAUGUGUCUCAAUGUCCAGCUGCUGGUUUGAAAAGCCAGUUCAGGUGUGAUGGACCGAAUGGCCUGUAACUCCUACAUCGCAACAAUUCUCUGAUCCUGUGAGAUUGACAGAUUCGCGUCCGAUCAUCUGCAUUUCUCUCAAUGCAGGGAAUAUCUCUGGACGUGUACUCACAUUCUGCACUGAAGCAGCUGACACUGUCUACACAACUGACAAAUCUACUGUUUCAUAGCAAACAGGAUUUGCUGCCACUAUUCAGACCAGGCAAACAAGGCGAGCCCGUUAAUGUUUCUUUUGAUUCUGAUGUUGAUAUCUUUCUCUCUUUAUUUCUCACCCCCAUAUAUAUCUUAUAUAACAUAUACACACACACACACUUUUGCCUGACUUGCUAUUUCUAGCAUUUUCUGUGACUUUUUCUUUCCUUUAUCUUUUCAUGGGCUAUGUCACUGGGAAGAGCAGCAUUUGUUACCCAUCACUAAUUGCCCUUGAGCUUAGGGACUUGCUGGGCCAUUUCAGGGUGCAGUGUAACAACUGCAUUGCUGUGGGUCUAGAGUCAUUUGUGGGCCAGAGCAGGGUCAGAUUGGCAGAUUGCCUUGUCUGAAGUGAACCAAAUGGUUAACAAUGGUCAGUCCUAGUUUCAUGGCACCAAUACUGAGAUUAACUUUUGAUUUCAGAAUCAGUGAUUGUAUUUAAAUCCCACCAGGUGCUGUGGUGGGAUUUGUUCUAGACCAUUAGUCUUGGACGUAAGGAUUACUAAUCAGUGACAUUACCCAUCACCCUACUAUGUCACUCCUUAAAAGUUAGGAGAGGAAGUUUGGUUUCGGACAGUUGGAAGAAAUCCUCUUCCCCAGAAUCUUUAACACUGACUUAAACAACUGUCAGACAGGUGGCACAAUGGUAGCAACUUUGCUGAUCACAACCCUUUUCAGGCUGGAGCCCGAUGUCACUGAGUCAAAGGCUGUUUUGCACAGUUGUAUUGUAUGUGGGAAUUGUGUUGUCCUGCAAUCCAACUAACCAUGGAAGUGGUUGGAAUAUGAUGCUCUGACGUGAGAUUAUCUCUGUAUCCUCUUCCCUCUUAUCAAGUCCUCUCAGAACUCUGCAAUUGCUGCACCAUUGAUGUUUGUGUCUUCGCUACUUGAGUCCAAGCACUGAAAUUCCUUCCCUAAACUUGAACACUUCACUCCUCUUUAAAGGUCACUCUUUUGAUGAAAGCUUUUCAUGUUCUGCCCAAAUAUUUCCUUAUCUGGCUGUACAUCAAGUUUAAUUUGAUCAUUCUUCUGUGGAGCACCUUGUGAAGCUGAACUAUGUGAGAGACACUGCAUAAAUGCAAAUUGGUUAUCUUCUCGUCACUGCAGAAAGAAUAGUAAUAUUUAAAUUGCCCCCCUCCAGGACUGGUUGUAGCCUGAAUAUAUUUGCUGAUAUUCCACUUCAAAUGAUGCAGAAACCCAUGGUGGUGACAAAGAUUAACUCAGCACUGAGUCACAGUUGUAGCAUCCAUUCUCCCAUGGUGGUUCUUUACAGGCAGAGAUUGGUAGUGGGGGAGUGAGGUCAGCUCUCAGACUGGUUACCUCACAGUGAUUAAAGCUGAGGUGGUUGAGUGCCUAUUGUAUGACUGAGCGAUAGGAGUCAAAACUGACAGGGACUGUGUAUCACCUCUAUUACCCUGUGAUCCCUGGGAUAAUGUGCUUACCACUGAUUGAUUACUCAUAGUUGCUGUCAGUCUUCCACAGAGUCCUUAAGAGCACCUCCCAACCAUUCCCCUUUGAUCUGGGCUGUAGGCAGUGUUCACUGAAUAAAUUCCAGAACAUGCAUGCUUGAAAUAAGGAAAAAAACACAGGGCUUGGAGAGUGAGGGAGGAGCUGUGAGAUCGCUACUUAAUAAAUGAGACUUAAAUGGUUGUGUUUAA